AUGUCCAACACCAUCUACAUCACCCACACCACCACCACAUCCGACACCCUCUCCACCAUCCUCUCAACCCUCCUUCACGACCUAACCCAAGUCACCGAGCCAACAGAAAUUACCUACUCCUGCAUACCCCCAACCAUGGGUUCCCACCUCGCCGACGCCCUCUCUGAAAACGAAAUCGCCGAAUCCCUCAACACAAAAAUAACAUACAACUCCCUAACCACCACACUACAUCUCCGUAUCUUCCGUCCCCCCCUCCUCGCCAUCCAACAUUCCUGGAUAAACGAACAAACCUUCGACUGGAUGGACGAACAAAUCAUGACGAGGAUGGAAUUUAAGCAGCUGGCAUUCGAAAGUAAUAUAUGUUUCUCCGCACCAUACGAAUUCUCCAGAGGCACAUCAGACCUCCAACUACGACCUCGCGAUAAACCCCUCCCGUCAUUCGUGAUCGAAUCGACCUGGGCGGAAACCUACGAGAGGGUUAGAGAGAAUGAGGGUAAUGAUGAGGUGGAAGGUGUGGUGGAGGUUUGGGUUCGAGAUGAGGUUAAUGUUUGGGAGACGGUUGUGAGGCAGAGAGAGGUGAUUUUUCCGGCUGAUGAGGCAGUGGCGGAUAGGUUGAAAGUCACCUGGGGUGAGGUUUUCGGGGGACAUCUUCCGGAUGGAAGAGACAAGGGGGAGUAUCUGUAUUUGGAAUUGGAGAGUUUGCAGUUUCAGGCGAGGAAUGCGUUGGAGAGGAUGGGGUUGAGAGCUGCGGGAGAUGAGUAG